AACACAAGAUAAUUGAAUUUAUUCUUGGAAUUCUUACUAUUCGAACAAAUGAGAAAUAUUCACUAUCAUCAUUAAUGAACUAUAUUAGAUUAUUGAGUAUAUACAUUUUAAAGCAUCCCCAAGUAACAAAGCAGUUCAACUUAGGAAAUCAACAAGAAUUUGCACAAUUGUGGAAG